AUGGGGCUGAAAGCGAAGUGCGUCCAACCAACAAGAAGCCCAGGAAAGCUGAGUAAUCCCCGAGUCCAGGUGGACGGUCACGCCAAAAGUCCACACGGGUGUGGCGCGCCUAACGCGAGGCUCUAUGGGAGAAGCCCGGACUCCAGCCUCCGGGUUCGCCGCGCCCGCGUCCCCGCCGCCCCACCGGGAAAUCUCAGCGGCCGGGAAGGGGGAGGGGGCAGGGACGCCUCGGAGUCGGACGACAAUCAAUUCUCCGGAAAGCGGCUCCCAGACGCGCCGCCCCAGGGAAGGAAGGCGGCUAAGGGGCCCGGCGCUGGGCUGCUGCGCGCGCCGAGGCCGCGGCAACAAAGUUUAGAAACCGCGAGAAAACUUUUCCAAGAGGAAAAGCGGAGGCGGCGCGGGGCCUGUGGUUUCUCCCCAGCCGCGGCGGCCCCCCGACUUCCCGAGCGCUGGGAAGCGCAGGCCGUACCCGCCCGGGCCCCAGACUCGGGCCCCGAGGGAAAGGGGCCGCCGGCCCAACGCGGGUCCCACGCCCGCCCGGAGUCCAAUUCCUGGCGACGUCGCCAAAGAGACCGCGCCCCGCCAGCCCGCCGCUCGCAGGGCCCAGCUUGGGACGGCCCGGCCCAAGGACCCUCUCGGCCCGGCCCGAGAGACCGCGCCCGCGAGGAGGGAGCAGCAGAGCCAUUGAAAAUGCACCACUCUAUUCAGAACCCUCCCCCCCAUAAAUAGUGAGUACAUGUGGAUACAAAGGACAAAACCAAAGACACCAGAGCCUACUUGAGAGUGGAGGGUGGGAGAAGUGUGAGGAUCGAAAAACUACCUAUGCUUAUUACCUGGGUGACAAAAUAAUCUUUACACCAAACCCUCGUGACAUGCAAUUAAUUUAUCCAUGCAACAAACCUGCACAUGUAUCCCCGAACCAAAAAUAAAAGUUGGAAAGUAAAGAAAAAAAAAAAAAUCCCCCUCUAGUGCUUCCCAUCUCACUCUGAAUAAAAUCUAUAUGAUCUCACCC